UAAACUAUUUGUAGCAAGUAUGUUUUUCCCAAUUCGUGUAGCAUGAACGUUUAUAAAAAUAUAAAUGAAAUUCAGUACUUCAAACUGUGUUUGGAAUUGGACACAGGAUAUUAGUAAUGGCUCAGGAAAAAACAAAUCCCAAAAAAGGUGGCGAGCAGAAGAGGGAGAAAAUUGUUGUUGCCGCCAUUGAUUUUGGGUCGACCUACUCUGGGUACGCAUUUUCGUUUCGCGAUGACUUCCAAACAAAUCCUUUGAAGAUCCACACCAACCACUGGUCAUCUGUACAGUCUGGUGGAAUAUCAUACAAAGCACCAACAACUGUUUUGUUAAAACCUGACCAGACAUUUCACAGCUUUGGUUACGACGCGGAAGAUAAAUAUGCAGAGCUGUCUGAAGCAGAAGAACACCAAGAGUGGUACUACUUCAGUCGCUUCAAGAUGAAACUUAUGAAUGCACUGGACAUAACUAAAGAUCAAACAGGAAGUGAUCAUCUAUUUUCUAAACUAGAGCGAAAUAUGGAGAUUGACGACAUAGAUGGUAAAAAGAUGUCCUUUAUGACCAUCAUAGCACAUGCCAUUCGAUAUCUCAAAGAACAUUUAUUGCGCCAAUUAAACGACAAGAACAUUCUAGAAGCAGUGACAGCUGACGGUAUUUUUUGGGUAUUGACAGUUCCCGCUAUUUGGACUGACUCUGCUAAACAGUUCACAAGAGAAGCAGCAAGAGAAGCCGGAAUUCAUGACGAUCAGCUGAUGCUGGCGUAUGAACCUGAAGCUGCUGCCCUGUACUGUCGCCUCCUUCCGAUUGAUAGAUUUGAGAGUGGGGGCGAACACCAGGAGCUAGUGCUUAAAACGUUUGAACGAGGAAAAAAAUUCAUGGUCAUCGAUCUUGGGGGAGGAACCGUCGACUUCAGCGUACAGGAAACUACUCGUACAAGAAAAAUGAAGUCUAUUUACGAGGUUUGCGGGGGUCCGUGGGGUGGUGCCAGAGUUGACCAGGAAUUUAUUCAAUUUCUUAUCAAACUUGUGGGGGCCGAUGUGUUUACUGAGUUUAAGGAUGCCAGUAGGUCUGAGUAUUUGGAGUUGAUGCGAAUCCUAGAAAUCAAGAAAAAGCAAAUUGAUUUCAACUCUCAAAAUAAGAUUCCUGUUAGGAUACCAAAUGCUUUGUUUGAGAUCUUAGAUGAACACACAGGAUGCAGCAUUUCUGAAAUAAUAUCCAAGUCACCCUAUGCAAGUUCAAUAGAAUACUUGCGAGAUAAAAUAAUCUUUGAUGCAAGUUUGUUCAGAUCCUUUUUUAGAAGUUCGUUACAAGACAUUAUAUCUCAUAUACGUAAUAUAUUGGACAACCCAGUUUGUCAAAAUUUGCUGGGAAUAGUAGUUGUCGGUGGUUAUGCAGACAGUCAUCUGGUCAUUGAGAGCCUUAAAGACGCUUUCCCUAGAACACGAAUCAUUGUACCUAUGGAAUCUAUUCUUGCUGUUGCCAAAGGCGCCGUUCUUUUUGGUCACGAUCCAGAUGUUAUUUGCUCACGUGUGUGUCGCUAUACAUAUGGAGAUGAUGUAUGUUUACCAUUUAAUGAAGACGAACACCCCUAUAGCAAUAUGACACUAAUAAACAAUGUGCGGUAUUGCAAAAACAUUUUUCAGAAGUUUUUUGAAAAGGGAGAAAAAGUCUUUCUUGGAGAGAAACGAUCUUUUUCCUCUGAUUAUGACUUCCGCGACAGAGGCAGAGCUGAUCAGCGGGAACAACCAUUGACAAUUAAAGUAUAUAUUUCAAAUCGAAAAAAUCCUGUGUUUAUUUAUGAAGAGGGGUGUCGCAAAUUGGGCGAAAUUAUUGUUGUUUGCGAACAUCAAUCAAAAUUUUGGCCUGAAACGUUUUCAUGUAAAAUAGAAAUGGAAAUAGCAGGAACUGAAAUUCAAGUUACCGCAAUCAUCAGCACUGGAGAAAAAGCAAAAGCAAUGUUUAACUUUUUAUGAUUUUUUUCACUUUACAUGAAAAUAUAUAAAAUGAAUUAUAACCCUUAUGUUCAAGUAUGAUUAUUGAAGCGCGUUUGUCUGCAGAUUGCAUUUUUUUAACAUUACUUCUAAACAUGCCUGUUGAUUACAAAGACAUAUUUAAGAGCACUAUUUUCUCAAAGCUUUAAAGUCAGGUCCAGAUCCUUAUAAAACAAUCACUUUUAAGUACAGUUAAUGAAUCACGAAACCAUGACAGAUUUGCUUAUUUAUGUAAAUUGACUUUUUCAAGCACAUUCAAAAUAACUGUCCUCUUUGAGUUUAAAAGCAGUGCUAACUUGUUACUUGUUUUGUUAAAGCUGUAGUCGUAAUCCAAAGUCAUAAAUGUAUUAUUCGGAGAUUUUAGUAAAUAAUAGUAUUAAGAACACAUAAUUCGAGUCUGACAUUGAAUUUAUGUUUAGAAUAUUAUAGUUAAAAGUGUGACAAACAAUGAUAUGUAUAUUGAUAAACAUGUUGGUUACAAAUUCACAAAUUCUGAGGAAAUUUAAAUUGGGCAAUCUAUAAAGUGCAUGUUGAAUUCAACCAAAAUAUAUUUGCUCAUUUACAUGUACGUGAUAUAUUUUUUUAAUUUUUGAUUGUCAGUUUGUUGUUAAGUAUAGAUAUAUUUACUAUUGUUACUUAAUUUAUAUAACUUAUAGUUUUGCAGUUACAAUGCAUAUUGUAUAUUUAUUUCUAGAAAUAUUUAAAGAAUAAGGAACCAAUUUUUUAGUAUUUUGAGGUAAUAAUUUUGGUCGGAGCGUGGUUAAAUCCAAUGAAGCCCGAUAUUAUCUCAUAUUAUUCAAAGACUGAUUUCUUUAUUACUUAUAACUAUAUUAUUUUUAGCAGAUGUACGAGGAUAUUGACAUAUUUAUGUGAAUUUAUUUCUUUUAAUUAUACAAACCACGCUUGCGCCAUAAUAAUACGUCUUUUGAAUUUAUUGGACCGUAAAUACAAAAUUAAUUUGUAGUUUUAUCACAGCAAAGAUAAUGAAAAAGUUAUUGUUUUAAAACCCAUAAUAAUAUUUUGUUGUUAUUAUUUCUCCUUCUUUAAGUAAGUUAUUUCGUAACAUCAAUAUAAGAGCACCUAGGUCAAGAGCAACUCAUUUCAACACAUAUAUCUCUUCUUUUUGUUUGAGUCUUUAGAACAUUUAAAACAAUUUCCUAAUAUAUUAAUCUUCGAAAACCUUACAUUAAUUUAACGAAAUUAAACAUGAAAGGGAAUUUGUCUUUCAAACAAGCUGCAUCCAAAAAUCUCAUUUAUCUGAUAUUUUUUGUUAAGGCUCUACACAAAAUAGUAUGAAAACAGUUUAUUGGGAAUGAGACUUUCAAACAUUCUUCUUAAUAUUUACUUAAAUUAAGUCCUUGGCUCAAACCGUUAAAUAGUAGGGGUUUUUGAGCAAAAUCAUCGGACAAGUUUUACGGCAUUAUGUUCCAGGACAAAAAAAUUAAACAGGUCUGUAUUUAUGUUAAAUUAUGUUAUAUUAUAUUAGCACUUGCAAAUAAUUUCCCUUCUAAAAUAUUGUUAGCGCAAUCCGCUGUUAUUGCUACAUAACAUCAGCCUGGGUCAAGAAGUAGCGCAUGGAUAGUUUUUAUCUCUAUUUCUAUGUACUCAAAGCAACUUACGCUAAACAUACCUCGGGUCUAAUAUCGUAAUGAAAACAUAAUUUAAAACAUAACCAAAAAUAAACCUGAUCUGUAUUUUGUUAUACAAAGUUUUAUUCUUUUUUAAAAAUAUAUAACACAAAUUGCGGGAAUAAAUGAACAUCAUGACUUAGGAUUCACCCAGUUUCCUCGACCUUUUGAGUGUAAGGUUGGUCCAUUCACAGAAAAAAUUAACUUGUUCUGCUUCUCUGUCCGUUUUGUUACGCAACACAAAUUAGAAUAUCUGGUUUCUAUAAUGUCCGAGGAAAACUUUUAUCCUCAUAAAUCUGAAUCUGAGAUAGAAUUUCCUCUGAUAUUACCUAAGUAGACUCUAACUCAGUUCAAUCAAUAAAGUUGUUUCCAAAUUUCCAACCUCUCUGUGACUUUUUCUGAAGUGGUACUAUUCCACCAAGCUUCAAUCUUUUUGUUCAGUUGUACAAGUAAAUCUUCUUUACUGUUUCAAUUUACUAUGAUAAAAAACUGCUGUCUUGUCAAAAGUAGUGUCAUAGUUAUUUAUUUAGAUAAUUAAAUACUUGCAAUAUUGUUGAAUAUUUUUUGGUACGUCGUUAAUUGAAGCGCCUUUCU